UAUAAACCACGCCGCGCAGGCAGGCAGGCUCUUGCAACGAUCACGACAACAAGGACUCCUCCUACUCCAGAGUUUCAGCCAUCCAUGGCGGCGAAGCCACACAGCAAGAGCAUAGAGGCAAAGAAGAGAAAAAGAACCUCUAAUCACAAGUCCGAGCAACAACCAGCAAACAACAAGAAACCUAAGUUAGCUUUCGAUUCCAAGAAACACAAGCAAAGUUCAAGCAAUGUUCAAAAUAAGGUAUCGAAGAAGCACUUCAAACCACCUGCCAAUGACAAGCAGAGCCAAGGAUUCAAGAAAGAUGAAGGAGAAGAUACUAAGAAACUACGCCGUCUACGAGCGAAGGAGCUAGCUGAAGCAAGAAAAAAGAAAAGGAAGAAGCAUUUUUCUCUGGAACAGGAACUUGCCUUGCUUUGGGAGAAGAUGAGAUGUCGAAAUAUUGCAAAAGAAGAGAGGUCAAGGUUGGUAAGUGAAGCACUGCAGAAGAUGACAGGGAAGAUGUCAGAAAUUGCAAGCUCUCAUGUUUCAUCUCGUGUUCUUCAGACUUGCGUUAAACAUUGUACACAAGAUGAAAGAAAUGUUGUGUUCACGGAGCUUAGGCCACACUUAAUUGCCCUUGCAAAUAAUACUUAUGCAGUUCAUCUUGUCAUUAAAAUGCUAGAUAAUGCAUCCAAAGAACAGAUUGCUGAAGUUAUCUCGUCUCUCCACGGUCAUGUUGCUUCACUUCUUCGGCAUAUGGUUGGCUCAUUAGUUAUUGAACAUGCUUACAAUUUGGGUAAUGCAACUCAGAAGCAAGCUCUCCUUAUGGAACUGUAUUCACCAGAACUGCAGUUAUUCAAGGACUUGGUGACUAUGAAGGAGAGCAGAUUAGAGGAUGUAAUUACAAAGCUGCAGCUUCAGAAGUCAUCAGUUUUGCGCCACAUGUUUUCUGUGCUUCAGCCAAUUCUAGAGAAAGGGAUAUUAGAUCACUCAAUUGUUCACAGAGCAUUAAUGGAAUACCUUAGCAUUGCGGAUCAAUCUUCUGCUGCAGAUAUAAUUCAACAACUGUCCGGUCCACUUAUUGUUCGAAUGAUACACACAAAGGAUGGAUCGAGGCUUGGUAUGCUCUCAAUCAGGCAUGGGGGUGCAAAGGAGCGGAAGAAGAUUAUCAAAGGAAUGAAAGGCCAUGUUAACAAAAUAUGCCAUGACAAAUUUGGGACUAUGGUAUCAUUUGUGCUUGUCUGCAUUUUUUCAGUUGUUGAUGACACCAAACUCAUUUCCAAGACUAUCCUUCGUGAGCUUGAAAGUAACUUGAAAGAGCUUCUUUUGGAUCAGAAUGGAAGGCGCCCUUUUCUGCAACUUCUGCAUCCUAAUUGUCAGCGAUAUUUCAGCCCAGAUGAUCUAACUUCUUUAAGCAUGUCCAUUCCUUCUCUCAAAAGCAAGGAGCAAUCUGAUAGUAGUGAAGUUUGUGAAGAAGAUAAGAAUGUUGAAGGUGAUCAUCCUGAUAUAAGUGCCCAGAUAAAUGAAGGUGGUAAAAAGGAUUCUUCUAAGAGGAGGCAUGAGUUACUGGUUGACAGUGGACUUGCUGAGGAGCUUGUUGAUGCAUGUUGUGAAAUGACAGAAAGCUUGCUAAGGUCUAAAUAUGGUAAAGAGAUCAUAUAUGAGAUUGCUACGGGUGGUGCUGAUGGGAUACUCCAUCCAACAUUGGAUGAAAAGCUCAGUGAGUUGUAUAAAUCUAUAGCUUCUCUUGCUGCUCAGCCGAAGAUGGAUGAACCAGACGUAGAGCAUAUCCUUGAGCACUUCCAUUCGAGCAGGGUAAUCAGAAAACUGGUUUUAGACUGCCCUUCUUUUGCCUCUACUCUCUGGGAAAAGGCUUUGAAAGGAAAAUGUGCAAUCUGGGCCAAAGGUCACAGUUCAAAGGUCAUCAAUGCAUUCUUGGAAACCUCAAACUCAAAAAUUAAGGAGAUGGCGAACGAAGAGUUGAAACCACUAGUAGAGAAUGGGGAUCUGAGUCCACCAAAUGAGUCUGCUAAAAAUGAUUAAAUCAGCUGAGGUGAGAAAUGGUAAGAAACCACUAAUCAGCUGAAAAUGUUCCGGCCGCUGUAACCGGUCACCACUCUAAUUCUCCUGUUCCAUUUCUUCGGAAGAAUAUAAAAAGUUUUGUAGUUGUUACUCUCUAUCCUUGGUAAAAACAAGCGACUUAUUUCUGAUUGCUGUAAUAUUUAUUUAAUCA